UUGGUUCAACGAAUCUGUACACGAUACGAUACAUUCGGACGGUGAGGGAGGCGAGUGGAGUGCGUGUCGACGUGUCCUACUCAUCCACGCCACGUAACCAAUUCCAUCUCCGGCCGCCGCCGAUGGCCUCGCGCUCCCGGUGGUCGGCGCUGGCGGCGAGCGCGCUCAUCCAGUGCUUCGCGGGGAGCUCCUACUGCUUCGCCGUCUACUCCCCGGCGCUCAAGGCCUCCCAGUCCUACGACCAGUCCGCCCUCGACAAGGUCGCCUUCUUCAAGGACGUCGGCGCCAACGCCGGCAUCCUCUCCGGCCUCCUCGCCGCAUGGGCCCCCGCCGGCCGCCGCCGCCCCUGGCUCGUCCUCCUCGCCGGCGCCGCCCUCUGCGCCGUCGGCUACCUCCCCAUCUGGCUCGCCGUCACGGGGGUCGCCCCGGCGCCGCUCCCUCUCCUCUGCCUCUACAUGCUGCUCGCCGCGCAGGCGCAGACCUUCCUCAACACCGCCGAUGUCGUCACCGCCGUCGAGAAUUUCCCCGAUCGACGAGGCACCGUCAUCGGCAUCAUGAAGGGCUUUCUGGGAUUAAGUGGAGCAAUACUGGUCCAAGUAUACCGCACCAUCCACAUUGCUCCCAGCACUUUCAUACUGAUGUUGGCGAUAUUGCCCACUGCCAUCACCCUGCUGCUUAUGUAUUUUGUCGAUGUCCACCGUUCUGAUCAUCAACGGUACAACAAGAAGUUCAUGGAUGCUUUCUCCCUCAUUGCCAUUACUGUUGCUGGUUAUCUAAUGAUCAUCAUAAUCUGUGACCAAGUAUUGAAGAUAAUAAGUUCAGCUGUGCAGACUGUUUGCUUUGUGAUACUCCUACUGUUGGUCCUGUCUCCAGUGGCUAUUGCUGUGAAGGCCCAGAAGACAGAAUCAAUGAAGCAAGAAGAAGAAACCAGGGAUCAAGCUGAAAGAAUCGGACUACUCCAAGAGCAAAUUAGUACAAAUGCCAGCUCCAGUAGCGAUGAGCGAUGUCAAGAACUGUCGACAGGCAAAGAAAACAUGAAUCUGGUGCAGGCAAUGUGCAAGCUGAACUUCUGGCUGCUGUUCCUAGCAAUGUCCUGUGGGAUGGGAUCAGGGCUUGCAACGGUGAACAACAUCAGCCAGAUCGGCGGCUCCCUCGGGUACUCGACCAAGGAGACGAGCACACUGGUGUCACUCUGGAGCAUCUGGAACUUCUCAGGGAGGUUUGGUGCCGGCUACAUAUCCGACCACUUCCUCCGUUCGCGGGGAGUCGGUCGCCCUUUCUUCAUCGGCGUCACGCUCCUGGUCAUGAGCUUGGGCCACGCCAUCAUCGCCUCCGGCAUCCUGGCGUCGCUCUACGUCGGGUCGGUGCUCGUCGGUCUUUGCUAUGGGUGUCAGUGGGCACUGAUGCCGAGCAUCACGUCGGAGAUAUUCGGGCUGAACCAUUUCGGCACCAUCUUCAACGUGGUGGCGGUGGCGAGCCCCGUGGGAUCUUACAUCCUCUCGGUGAGGGUGGUGGGUUACAUCUACGACAUGGAGUCGCCGCCGGGAGCUCGUGCCUGCUCCGGUAACCAUUGCUUCGUUUUGUCGUUCGUCAUCAUGGCGUGUGUCUGCGUGGUUGGCUCUGCUGUCGCCUUCAUGCUCUUCGUCAGGACGAGGAGGUUUUAUAAACGGGUUGUGUACGCCAGGUUGCAAUCUUUUCUAUAGAGAGAGAAACGAACCGAUUCUUUUCUAGCAAAUGCUUACCUAUCUUUUACAAGCAACAGGAUUUGAUCUGUACCUGUACGUCAGAGAAUGGUAGAAAGCAGAGGCACACUACUUUCUGCUGCCAUUUUUUUCUUGUUGAAAAGACAUCAUUGGACUGGUCACUGGUGUUAUAUACUACUAGUACUUGUAUGUAUGCGUAGAAGUAAAAGGAAAAUAAAACAAUGUACAGGGAAGAAGCUACAGAAAACAAACAGCAUUUGCUUCGUCAGAAAA